UUAAUUCCUCGUCUUCUCAGUGUCUAAAUUGCUCUCCAUUUUGUACAUUUUACCACAAGGGUCGUACUGAUCUUAUUGUGUAAUUCCCAACCAAACAAGAACGGCCAUUCCAGGCAGUCCGACGUAUUACUGAUCUUCCAAAAUGAGCGUCUUUCACUUUGAUGAUGACGACCACCCAGCAUUACGCAAUUCAACAUUCGAAGAAGAACUUGCAUCAGGACCCGGUAACACAAUUGCGCAACUACGGUUGACUGAUUCAAAUCCUCCCAGUGGUUAUAACAGUGACACCGAUGAAGCCAAGCCAAGCGAGGAGGCCGAUAAAGAAUACGAAGUCAAGCUCAAUGUGAAUUUUGUAUCGUCCCAAGCUCAAGAAGCCCAAGGCAAUAAGAAAGUUGGACCAGACGACUUCCAAACCCUCAAAGUGAUUGGAAAGGGCGCAUUUGGAACGGUCACCCUAGUCAAACAUAAGGUAUCCGGAAGUCUGUAUGCCAUGAAGGUGUUGAAAAAGGCAUCCUUGGUUCUUCAUUUAAAAGAAGCUGAGCACACCAAAGCAGAACGACAAAUUCUGGAGGACGUUAGUCAUCCUUUUAUUGUCAAACUUUUUUAUGCUUUUCAAACAAAGGAAAAACUUCAUAUGAUUUUGGAAUAUGCAAGCGGUGGAGAACUGUUCACACAUCUAGCAGCUGAACGAAUGUUUUCGGAAGAGGUAGCAUCCUUUUACGCUGCUGAACUUGUAUUGGCUCUGGAACACCUCCAUUCUCUGGGAAUCAUUUACCGAGACCUGAAGCCUGAGAAUUGCCUUUUGGACACCGACGGACACGUCGUCUUGACCGAUUUUGGACUAUCGAAAGUAUCUGUGGACGAAAAGACUAAUACAGUGUGCGGAACUGUAGAGUACAUGGCACCAGAGGUUCUUAUGGAAAUGCACUACGACCAGACUGUGGAUUGGUGGAGCUUGGGUGUACUGAUGUAUGACAUGUUGACCGGCUCACCACCUUUUGGAGGCGGUAAUCGUAAGAAAACUAUGGAAAACAUUCUCAAGAAAAAGCUCAAUCUACCUUAUUACAUGACACCGGAUGCUAAAGAUAUAUUGAACAGGCUUUUGCGUAAGAACCCUAAUGUUCGACUUGGUGGUGGAGACAAGGGGGUGGCGGCCAUCAAGAAACAUAGGUUUUUCCGUAAAAUCGAUUGGAAAGCAUUGGAAAGGCGAGAGGUCGAACCGCCGAUUUUGCCGAUCGUGAUCGAUCCGGAGGCUGCGGAGAACUUUGACGUUACCUUUACAAGUAUGCCUAUCGGAGAAUCGCCUCCCAACUCCAACUCCCUCGAGCAGAGCUAUGAAAAUCUAUUUAGAGGCUUCAGCUAUACUGCACCAACCAUGUUAGAUACCAUAUAGAGGAAUUAUACAAUAUAUGGCGC